GCAGGAUGGAAACUGGCUACGCUGCUCUGCAGAUCUUCUUAUUGGUGAUGUAUGGGAUCACCUGUGUCCUCGGCAUCGUGGGAAAUGGGCUUGUGAUCUGGGUGGCUGGAUUCCGGAUGGCACUCACAGUCACCACCUUGUGCUACCUGAACUUAGCCUUAGCCGACUUCUUCUUCAGCGCCACUCUGCCAUUCUUCAUGGUUGUAAAUACCAUGAGAGGACAAUGGCCUUAUGGCUGGUUCCUAUGCAAGUUAUUUAACAUUAUGGGUGACACAAACCUGUAUGGAAGUGUCUUCCUCAUUGCUUUCAUUGCUCUGGACCGCUGUAUCUGUGUCCUGCAUCCGGUCUGGGCCCAGAACCACCGCACUCUAAGUCUGGCUAAAAAAGUGAUCACUGUACCCUGGAUUCUUGCUCUACUCCUUAACUUGCCAGUUCUCAUCUUCUUUACUACAGUAACAGAUGAUAACGGGGACAUAUACUGUGGUUUCAACACUGACUUCUGGGGUAACAUCACUGAAGAAGAGAAGUUGCAGAGGACCGUUACCUCAGUAGCAAUCAUAGGGAUCAACCGGUUUGUCACUGGCUUCACUCUACCGAUGUCCAUCAUCGCCAUCUGCUAUGGGCUCAUUGCAGCCAAACUCCGAAACAAGAGCAUGAUUAAGUCCCGCCAUCCCUUACGGGUCCUCACCGCUGUCGGAGCUUCCUUUUUCAUUUGCUGGUUCCCCUAUCAACUGUGUGUUCUUCUGGCCGCAGUCCGUGCCAGAGCACUAUUUGAAGGAAAGUAUAACAUCAUUCUUCUCCUGAUACCUCUAACAAUCUCCCUGGCCUUUUUCAACAGCUGCCUCAACCCAAUGCUCUAUGUCUUCCUGGGUCGAGACUUCCGAAAGAGACUGAUCCACUCCCUGCCUGCCAGUCUGGAGAGGGCCCUGACUGAGGACUCAGCCCCGACCAGUGACACAACAACCAAAUCUGGUUCACCUCCUACAGAGGCCCAAUUACAGGAGAUGUGAGGUGACAAGGAUCAGCCUGCUCCUGUCCUGCUCCCUCUUCCAGCUUCACCUUACCUUAGGUCAGUGGUUCACAACCUUCUGGCCCUUUAAAUAUAGUUCCUCAUGUUGUGACCCAACCAUAAAAUUAUUUUCGUUGCUACUUCAUAACUGUAAUGUUGCUACUGUUAUGAAUCAUAAUGUAAAUAUCUGAAUGCAGGAUUGUCUUAGGCGACCCCUAUGAAAGGGUCGUUCAACCACCAAAGGGGUCGCGACCCACAGGUUGAGAACCACUGCCUUAGGUCAUACUGAGCGUUAGGUAAAAUUUCCCUGGCCAGGAGACUGUAGAAAGAGACUGAGAGCCCCAUUAUUAAACUUAGAGUUUAUUAAGGAAACUUACGUACUAGGCUCAGCUUGGGAGGUAACAAGAUGACACGGAUGUCCUCCCUGCCACAGGGCAGGUGAUAAGGAGUUCAUAGGACAGGGAAGAUGGAUGGGGGUGCUGGAGAAUGACCCACCUCAGAUAAGAAAAUGCCUAUAUACUUGCCCAAAACACAGUGAGGGGCCGUCUGAGGAACCAGCAUGCCGGGGGCUUGGGGAGGGGGUGGACUGUCUUUGAGGGACUUUCUGGAAAGCGAUCUCUGCUCUGGCCUGAAUCUAGUGGAUCUGGCCAGACCGUCUGGCAGCGAUCACAUCAGUGAAAAUAGCCUCUUCACCACAAUGAACCACUCAUCAUGAAGAUACUUUGGUGACCCCUGAUUUGGGGGGAAGAAAUGGACAUCAGGGUAUAUUGCUUUUAUUUUUGGUUAUACCCUGGGGGUCAUGGUAAAGAAUACAGGGAUAGUAAGAGGAAGAUGAAUGGGGAAUCUGUAAAGCUUAGAUGAGAGAGUGUAUUAAGGGAAAACUUUAGCAUUUCAUCAUGAAGUAAGACGUUUCCUGUAGAUUUGUUUUUACCUGUUUUUUCAUCUGAAAACAAGUUUCUUAUUCCUGCUUUACUAAUGGAUUGCUUCUUUUUUAAAUCAUGAAUAAGUGCUGGACUAUAUCAAAUGAAUAUUCAGCAGUUAUUAAGAUGAUCAUAUUAUUUUUAUCAUUUACUUACAUAUAGUAUAUUUAUUUUUGAAUGUUAAACUACCUUUGUAUGCCCUAACUGGUUUGGCACGGUGGGUAGAGCGUCGGCCUGCGGACUGAAAGGUCCCAGGUUCGAUUCCGGUCAGGGGCAUGUACCUUGGUUGCGGGCACAUCCCCAGUAGGAGGUUUGCAGGAGGCAGCUGAUUGAUGUUCCUCUCUCAUUGAUGUUUCUAACUCUCUAUCCCUCUCCCUUCCGCUCUGUGAAAAAUCAAUAAAAUAUAUUUUUUAAAAAAUAAAAUAAACUACCUUUGUAUUCAUAGAAUAACCACAGUAGGUUGUGAUACAUUUUGUAUAUUUCUAAUUAAUCUCACUAGAUGGGUUUGGAAUUUCUGCAUUUAUGAUUAUGUAAAGAUGAGUCUGGUCUUUUACUUUCCUCUUAUAUCCAUGUCAAGUUUUACAUCAAAAGAAAAAGAGCUGGGAAGUGAUUCCUCCAAUACUAUUCUCUGGUGUUAUAUUUUUUAUUAACAUGUACAGAAAUUCACCAGUGAAGCAAGUUGAGUCUUGGGCUUUCUUUUUGAGAAGACUUCUUAACAGACUCAAUUCCUUUAAUAACUAUCAGAUAUUCAGACCAUCUAUUUCCUCUUCUGUCUGUUUUGGUAAUCUGUGACAUUCAAGGAAUUUAGCCAUAUUUUCCAAAUGGUCAAAUUUAUUGGUAUGAAACAGUAGGAAAACUGUGUUACAGUACUUGGUAGGAGUAUCUUUACAUAAUUAGAAUGUAAUUUAUCUGGGGGCAGGGUUUGGCCUUUAUUGUUCAUGAAUGGACCCCAAAACCAUAUGUGUAAAAUAGCGCCUGACAUGUGAUAGACACCCAAGAAGGAGUUGUAUAAUUAAUGACUCAAAAAUAAUAGCAUCGUCCAGGUAUCAACUGCGACCUUUAAUGUCUAAUUAAAUGAACUCUGAAUUCAUCAUGAAUGGGGGCCUAUUUACUGAACUCUUGCUGCCAUUCCCAAAAUUAUUACAAAUCGUCAGUGGUUUAUCUUUUUAAGAACACCUCAGAUUUUUAUUUUCUGUUUCAAAUAAAGUACUCUGACUGUCAACUGAUGUCUUUGCUUUGAAAUAAAUCUAUCUGCAGUAGUUCUCAGCCUUUUUUCUUGGUUUCCGCAAGUAAUCACUCACACGUUGUCAUCUAAUGUGUAACAUAACAUCCUUAUGCACAGGUAAAGGCGAACU